GGUCGGGUGAAGAAUUUCACCGAACAAAAAUAACGCGCGUGCGUCGGAUGAAGUAGAUGAGUUUUAAUAAAAGUCGCUUGUUUUAAUUCUACAGGACUUUGAGCUAAUAUGCAUUUGUUAAUUUUAAGAAAUCAGUAGUUUACGUAAACAGCAAUGAGCGAAUGCUUGUUUCACAAUCUCCUCGAUUUAAGAAAACACCAAAACAAAGGAUUUUGAUAUGUUACCCUGAAGACGGGCGGUAACGUGGAGUAGCCCUGAAACUCGAGAAGUACCUCCUUUAUUUGUUGCGCACAUCGUUAAUCCAUGGUUAGCCUGUGUUUCUUUUAUGUCCGCAGUAAACUUUUGCACACUGAAUAAUUAAACAAUGGACAACCACUUUACUGAGGGAACAUGGGUCUGGUUACGAGAAAAUGAACAGCUCCUUCCAAGUUUGGUUUUAAGCUGUGGAGGUGGAGUGAUCAACUUCAGUACAAGCUGUGGUCAGGUGUUCACUUAUAAAGUAAAUACAUUAACCAGGGAAAAAGUGGUGACUAUGCAUCCGACGAGCAUUGAAGGUGUCGAGGAUAUGGCAACCUUGGCAGAGCUGCAUGAAGGGGCAAUCAUGCAUAAUUUACACAUUCGAUUUAAACAGGACAAUAUUUAUACAUACAUAGGUUCCAUCUUGGUGUCAGUGAAUCCAUACAAAUCAAUUUCUGGACUUUAUGAUAAAACAAGUAUGGAGCGAUACAGAAAUUAUGGCUUGGGUGGUAGGACACCUCACAUUUUUGCCAUCGCAAAUGAAUGUUAUCGCUGCCUUUGGAAACGUAACGACAAUCAGUGUGUCCUCAUAAGUGGAGAAAGUGGUGCUGGAAAAACAGAAAGCACAAAACAUAUCUUGAAGUAUUUAUCAGCAAUGAGCCAACGUUCUCUUGAUGUAAUGGCAAAGGAAAAUGUUUCCUAUGUGGAGCAGGCUAUUUUGGAAAGCAGUCCUAUCUUGGAAGCAUUUGGCAAUGCGAAGACUGUCUAUAACAACAACUCCAGUCGAUUUGGGAAGUUCAUUAAGCUGAACUUUUGUCAAAAGGGAAAUAUUCAGGGAGGCAGAAUCAUAGAUUAUUUAUUAGAAAAGAACCGUGUAGUCAGGCAGAACCCUGGGGAACGAAAUUACCAUAUUUUUUAUGCUUUACUGGCUGGAACAGAUGAUGAGCAGAAAGAGAUAUGUUAUUUAUCUGAAACAGAGAAUUAUUAUUACUUGGGACAGUUUGGAUAUACUGUGAAUAGUGUAAUUGAUGACCAGCGGGCCUUUCAGGAAGUCAUGACUGCCAUGAGAGUAAUGAAGUUCAGUUCUGAAGAAACUCUGGAGGUGCUGAAGCUGCUUGCUGGCGUGCUACAUCUUGGGAAUAUUGAAUUUGUCAUUGCUGGAGGGGCACAAGUUUCCUCAAAAAAUGCUUUAGGAAGUGCAGCAGAGUUGCUUGGGUUGGACCCUAUGAAACUUACAGAAGUGCUGACCCACCGGUCCAUGAUGCUUAGGGGUGAGGCGAUCAGCACACCACUCACGGUACAGCAGGCAAUAGAAUCCAGAGACUCAAUGGCCAUGGCACUUUACUCACAAUGUUUUACAUGGAUUAUUAAAAGAAUCAAUUGUCGAAUAAAAGGAAAGGAGGAUUACAGAUCUGUGGGUGUCCUUGAUAUAUUUGGAUUUGAGAAUUUUGAGGUAAAUCGGUUUGAACAAUUCAACAUAAAUUAUGCAAAUGAAAAACUUCAGGAAUAUUUCAACAAACACAUAUUUUCUUUGGAAGAGCUGGAAUAUAACAGAGAUGGACUGGUCUGGGAACACAUUGAUUGGAUGGACAAUGGAGAGUGUUUAGAUCUCAUUGAGAAGAAAAUGGGCAUUCUGGCCCUUAUCAAUGAGGAGAGCCAUUUUCCAAAGGGCACCGAUAAUACUUUGCUGGCGAAGCUACACAGUCAGCAUUCGAAAAAUCCUUUUUAUGUGAAACCUAGAGUCAUUGACCAUUAUUUUGGAGUGAAGCACUUUGCUGGUGAGGUUUUAUACCACGUAAAGGGAAUUCUAGAGAAGAACAGAGAUACAUUCCGACGUGAUGUGCUAAACUUGUUAUGUGAGAGCAGAUUGGACUUCAUCUAUGACUUAUUUGAGCAUGCAUCAAGCAGGAUCAAUGAAGACGCACUUAAAUCUGGAAGUAAACAUCAGAAGCCAACUGUAAGCUCUCAGUUCAAGAAUUCCCUUCAUUCGUUAAUGGCAACAUUAAGUAUGUCAAAUCCAUUCUUUGUCCGAUGCAUCAAACCAAACAUUCAGAAGAUGCCAGAUCAGUUUGACCAAGCAGUUGUGCUAAACCAGCUGAGAUAUUCAGGAAUGUUGGAAACUGUGAAAAUACGACGAGCUGGAUUCCCAAUCAGGAGGCAUUUCCAGAACUUCUGUGCAAGAUAUAAAGUUUUGAUGAGGAACCUCUGUUUACCUGAUGAUUUGAAGGGGAAGUGUGCUGCAUUACUUUAUUACUAUGACAACACUAAUACAGAUUGGCAGCUGGGGAGAAUGAAGGUUUUCAUCCGGGAGUCUCUUGAACACAGGCUGGAAGAAGAACGUGAAGUUGAGGUUUGCAAAGCUGCUGUGAUAAUACAGGCUUAUGUCCUUGGCUAUUUGGCAAGGAAACGGUACAAAAAGGUUCUUCACAUGGUUGUUGUAAUUCAGAAAAAUUAUCGAGCUUUCUUCUGGAGAAAGAGGUUCCAAUGUGUAAGGAAUUCCACAAUUAUAUUGCAGACACAACGACGAGGUCAGCUCGCACGCAGACAUUAUAAACAACUACUUGAAAAUAAAAUAGCAGAAGAAGAGGUACAAAGAAACAAAGCGCAGGAAGGAAGGGAAAGGCAGAAGCGAGAAGCAGAAUGCAUUCGACAGGCUGAAGAUGUCCAGAGGCAACGAGAGCAAGCAAUCUUUCUGGAGGCUCAGACAAAAGUAGUAAAGAAUAAUCAGCUAGAAACGCAAGAGAACAGGCAAGUAGAGGAAAUUCUGCGUCUUGAGAGAGAAAUUGAAGAGCUUCAACGCCAGAAAGAACAUCAUGAAUCAACACUCACCGAGAUGUCACUUACACAACUACAGAAACUUCGAGAUGAGGAGUUAAAGCAAUUGGAGGAUGAAGCUUGCAAAGCAGCUCAGGAGUUUCUGGAGUCCCUGAACUUUGAUGAAAUUGAUGAAUGUGUCCGCAAUAUUGAACGGACUCUUUCUGUUGACAGCCAGAGUAAAUCGUAUACCUCAACUGUACCUGAUCCUUUUGGAAAACCUACCUUCAAUUUUAGUCAACCUUAUCCUGAAGAAGAGGAAGAUGAGGGCUUUGAUGCUGAUGAUUAUGCGCUUAAGGACUCACCGAAUCCUAGUGAGCAUAACCAUUUUGAUCAACGUACUAGUGGAAUCCGGACAAGUGAUGACUCUUCAGAAGAAGACCCUUACGUAAAUGAUACAGUGGUGACUACAAUUGCAAGUGAUGAGAAUAAUGUUCUUGCCAUUACUGCUUUGGAUUCAAUAAGCUACAACAAACCAACAAUCGAUGACUCUCCCUACUGCAACCCUGAGCAAGCAGAUGAUGGACAGGAGGACCCUGUUGAGCUCAUUCCUCCGGAUGAAUCUGAUUAUGAUCAGGAUGGAGAUGGAGCUGUCAUAUCCGGCAGCAGUGUAGUCUUUUCAAAUCCUCGCACUAACCAGUGGUCACCAGAAUGUCUAUAUUAUUCUGCAGGAAUGAACAGUAGUUUUGGAGCGUAUAGAUUGAGCUCAGAAGGGGCACAGUCAUCAUUUGAAGACAGUGAUGAUGAUGAUUUGGAUUCAAGAUUUGACAACAAUGAGGAGCUGGCCUACCAUCGAGAUUCCAUUUACAGUUGUGUCAGUCUACCAUAUUUUCACAGUUUCCUGUUUAUGAAAGGAGGUUUGAUGAAUACAUGGAAACGCCGUUGGUGUGUUUUAAAGGAUGAAAUAUUCAUGUGGUUCCGUUCUAAACAAGAAGCCUUGAAACUAGGCUGGUUGCUCAAAAAAGGUGGUGGCACAUCAACCUUAUCAAGACGCAACUGGAAAAGACGUUGGUUUGUUCUCAGAGAGAGCAAACUAAUGUAUUUUGAGAAUGACAGUGAAGAAAAUUUAAAAGGGACCAUUGAUAUCAGAUCUGCAAGGGCAAUUAUCGAUGACACUGGCAAGGAGAAUGGUAUUAAUAUAGCACUAGAAGAUCGCAUCUUCAAUCUUAUUGCAGAGACAGCAGAAGAUGCCAGUCAAUGGUUUAGUGUCCUCAGCCAAGUUCAUGGGUCAACUGAACAAGAGAUCAGAGAAAUGCAUGGUGAGCAAGCAAACCCACACAAUGCAGUGGGUACAUUGGAUGUAGGUUUGAUUGAUUCAGUCUGUGCUUUUGAUUGCCCUGACAGAUCAAAUUCAUUUGUGAUUAUCACUGCAAAUCGCAUCUUGCACUGCAAUGCAGAUACACCAGAGGAGAUGCAUCAUUGGAUAACAUUACUGCAAAGGGUCAAGGGAGACACAAAAGUAGAAGGUCAGGAGUUUAUUAUCAGAGGAUGGCUGCAUAAAGAAGUUAAGAAUGGUGGUAAAUUCAGUUCCUUAAAGUUGAAGAAGCGUUGGUUUGUCCUGACCUAUAAUUCACUCGACUACUACAAGAGUUCUGAGAGGGAUGUAGCCAAGCUCGGAACCCUGGUACUGAAUAGCCUCUGUUCUGUUCUGCAACCUGAUGAAAAGAUUUUCAAAGAAUCUGGUUAUUGGAAUAUCACUAUAUAUGGCCAUAUACAUUGUUAUCGUCUUUACACAAAGCUUCUGAAUGAGGCAACAAGGUGGGCAAAUGCCAUCCAGAAUGUUAUUGAUUCCAAAGCACCCAUCAAUACACCUACACAGCAACUUAUUCAGGACAUCCAGGAAAACUGCCUGAAUAUUGAUGUUGUGGAACAACUCUACAAAAGGAACCCAAUUCUACGUUAUACACAUCAUUCACUGCAUUCCCCACUUCUGCCACUACCAUAUGGAGACAUCAAUUUAAAAUUGUUAAAAGAAAAAGGCUAUACAACCCUACAGGACGAAGCCAUCAGACUCUUCAAUUCCUUACAUCAACUGCAGUCUGUUUCUGAUCCAGUUCCCAUCAUGCAGGAUAUUUUGCAGACUGGGAAAGAUCUGCGAUCUCUACAGGAUGAACUCUACUGCCAACUUAUCAAACAGACGAACAAAGUGCCCCAACCGAGGAGCGAGUGCAACUUGCGCAGUUGGCAAUUACUUACCUGCAUGAGUUGUACAUUUAUGCCAAGCCGCACUGUCCUGAGAUACCUCAAAUUCCACCUCAAAAGGAUACGUGAUCAAUUUCAAGGAGAAUUGGAAAAGUAUGCAGUAUUCAUAUAUGAAUCAUUAAAGAAAACUAAAACCCGGGAAUAUGCACCUUCCCGAGAAGAAAUCAUAGCUUUGAUUAAUAGGCAAGAGAUGACAUCUACUGUUUAUUGCCAUGGAGGUGGUUCCUGCAAAAUCACAAUUAAUUCUCAUACAACUGCAGGAGAGGUUGUUGAGACGUUGAUUCGUGGACUGUCCAUGGAGGACAGUAGAAAUAUGUUUGCUCUCUUUGAACAUAACGGUAUUACUGAUAAAGCAAUUGAAAGCAAAACAGUUGUGGCUGAUGUUUUGGCAAAAUUUGAAAAGGAUACUGCUACUUCUCAAGAUGAUAAUUCAUGGAAAUUCUACUUCAAACUCUAUUGUUUCCUUGACACUGAUAAUGUACCAAAGGACAGUGUGGAAUUUGCCUUCAUGUUUGAGCAGGCUCAUGAGGCUGUCAUUCAUGGUCACUAUCCUGCCCCUGAAGAAACUCUUCAGUAUUUUGCUGCCUUGCGAUUUCAGUUUCUGCAGGGAGAUUACACCCCACAUGUUGCCAUUCCAGAAAUUGAAGACGUGUUCCCAAUUGAGAGAUUGAAGGCACGAAUCACAAAAUCAGCUAGGACGUUUGCUCCUUCUGGUGAUAGAAAUGACAAAAAGAGAUCUAGCUUCUUUGAAGGAACAUUGAGGCGGAGCUUCCAAGGUGGUUCUGUCAGCAAGAUAAAAUCUGAAGAUGAGCAGAUAAUCGAUGUGUGGGCUAAGGAGGAGAUUUCAUCAGCUAGAACCGAUAUUAUUGACAAGUGGAAAAAGAUGCACGGAAUGACCCAAGAGCAGGCCAUGAUUAAAUACAUGGCUCUAAUCAAUGAAUGGCCUGGAUAUGGCUCAACUUUAUUUGAUGUGAAGUGCAGAGAAGGCGGUUUCCCACAAGAGCUCUGGCUAGGAGUUUGUGCUAAAUCAGUUUCUGUCUACAAACGUGGAGAGGCCAAACCUCUGGAGACUUUCCCAUAUGAAAGUAUUCAAUCAUUUGGAGCUCCUCAGUCAACCAUGUAUAAAAUAGUGGUGGAUGAAAGGGACUUGCUAUUUGAUAGUUCAGAGGUAGUGGAGCUUGCCAAACUGAUGAAAGCUUAUAUCAGUAUGAUAGUAAAAACGCGGUACAGUACUUCAUAUACAACGAGCAGUUGGGGAAAUCAAUGUGGCAACAGGUGAAUUUGGUUCUACUUAUGAAGUUUCUUCAAUGAAUAAUUUCCUCUUCUAUUCAUGUGCCUGUCAAUCACAUACUUUCAACGAUAAAAUCUUCAAUACAACCCAUAAUUGUGGAAUAGAGUAGCAAGUUCUGUUUUGAAGUAGUAAACAUUUAUCCUGCUAUUAUGAGAAAUGUUCAACAAGGACUUGACAAUUGCAAAAAAAAAUUGUCACAGCUUUUCAGGCCUCCAAUCCUUAAUCAGUGUGGAUACUUUGUCAUGACAUGCACUACUGUGUAUUAAGCAGAAAAUAGUGCCUUACAGUCGGAACUAAUCUUAUUAAUUUUAAACACUUCCUAGGAUGAAGAAAUUUGAGUUGGAGAAAGAGCAGCUUUAAACAUUAAACUAUUUGAGUGUUAAAUAGCUAUAAUUGGGUAUCUAUAUUACAUUUGUCCAUUAAGAAUUCACAUCCUCACAAUAGUGUUGACCAAAAAGUAAAGACUACACAUGGAGCAACUUAUGGGUAAACUUGUUAGCUACUCAUUGUGCACUAAAAUAAUACCUUGUCCUGAGAAUAAUGGUCAUAAAUAUUUGGAAUACUGCUGGCAGCCUUCCGAGAGAACUACAAUGAUAUUUUCCAUUAUUAAUCUAUAUUUCACAAUUAUUUUGCUAAGAGAAAUUUAAUAUGCUAUGUUAUUUACUGUGUAUGUCUGUAUUUUUCAGGAGCAACAUUAGUUAAGUUUUCUUCUGGACUAUUUGAAUUAAGCAUUUGUUUUUGAUGUAGCUAUCCUAAAUAAAAUAU